AUGGGAACCCAGAUCCAGGCGAGGGACCUUGGACCGGAUGAUUUUGGCGGAGAGGAGUACGAAGGGUGUAACGAAUACCUCAACAUAACGCGCCCCGACGUGAUCCACGACAUCCACCGCGACUACCUGGAUGCCGGCGCUGACAUCAUACAGACCAACACCUUCGGCGCAACCGCGCUGGUGCUGGGCGAGUACAGCCUCGCUCCCGAAGCGCGCCGGAUCAACCGCGAGGCCGCGGGCAUCGCCAGGCGAGCCGCGGACGAUGCAACGGCCGCUGACCCGGACAAGCCGCGUUUCGUGUACGGCGCGAUGGGUCCGACGACGCGGACCAUCUCGGUGACGGGUGGCCUGACCUUUGACGAGCUGGCGGCCGAUUACCACCAGCAGGCGGCUGGACUCAUCGAGGGCGGCGCCGACGUGCUGGUGCUCGAAACGGGCCAGGACACGAUCAACAUCAAGGCAGGGCUGGAAGGAAUAGAUCGCGCCCGGGUCGAGAUGAACGUUGACGUUCCGGCAGCCGUGCAGGGAACCGUCGAGCCCAUGGGCACGCUUCUGGCCGGCCAGGACGCCGAGGCGUUUUACACCUCUCUGGCCCACCGGAAUCUGCUCUGGGUGGGCUUCAACUGCGCCACCGGGCCGGAGUUCAUGACCGACCACAUCCGGACGUUGAACGAGUUGUCGCGGUUCGGGAUCGCCUGCGUGCCCAACGCGGGUCUGCCCGACGAGGACGGCAACUACAACGAGACGCCGGAGAUGCUGGCGGCCACACUGGAACGGUUCGCGGCGAAUGGCUGGAUCAACGUGACCGGAGGUUGCUGCGGCACCGGCCCCGAGCAUAUUCGGCGGCUAGUCGAAGCAAUGUCCGACAAGACGCCGCGGGUGACCGAACCGACGGUAGAAACGCGCGUGUCGGGCAUCGAAGCCGUGGUGGUGAACGAGGACACGAGGCCGACCAUCGUCGGGGAACGUACCAACGUGCUGGGCAGCCGGCGGUUCAAACGGCUGAUAGCGGGCGAACGGUUCGAGGAGGCGGCCGAGGUCGGCCGGCGGCAGGUCCGCAACGGGGCGCACAUUCUGGACGUGUGCCUGCAGGACCCGGACCGGGACGAAACGUCGGACGUGAUCAAGUUCCUGGACCAGCUCAAUCGCCGGGUCAAGGCGCCCAUCAUGAUCGACUCCACGGAUGCGUCGGUUAUCGAAGAGUCGCUGAAACGCCUGCAGGGUAAAUCGAUCAUCAACUCGAUCAACCUCGAGGAUGGCGAGGAGCGCUUUCAGCGGGUGGUGCCGUUGGCGCGACGAUACGGCGCGGCGUUGGUGGUGGGCUGCAUUGACGACGACCCCAACCAGGCACAGGCGAUCACGCGUGAGCGGAAGCUGGAGAUUGCCCAGCGGUCUCACCGGCUGUUGACCGAGAAUUACGGAGUGGCGGAAGAAGACAUCAUCUUUGAUCCGCUGGUGUUCCCCGCUGGGACCGGAGACGUGAACUACGUCGGUUCGGCAGCCGAAACCAUCGAGGGCGUGAGGAUGAUCAGGGAGGCGUUGCCCAGGACCAAGACGGUGCUUGGCGUCUCCAACGUUUCUUUCGGGCUGCCGGCGGCGGGUCGCGAGGUUUUCAACUCCGUGUUCCUGUACCACUGCACGCAGGCCGGCCUCGAUAUGGCCAUCGUCAAUUCCGAAAUGAUGCAGCGGUACGCCAGUAUUCCCGAGGAAGAACGCACACUGUCUGAAGACCUGAUCUGGAAUCGCGGUGAGGAUCCGGUGGCCGCGUUUGCGGCGCACUUCCGCGACCGGGCGCCGCGCGCCACUGCGGAAGAGCGGUUGGCGCUGCCGUUGGACGAACGCCUGGCGCAGUGCAUCAUUGAGGGCAGCAAGGAAGGCUUGGCCGCCGACUUGGAUCUGGCGCUGCAGGAACGGGUGCCAUUGGCGAUCAUCAACGGGCCCCUGAUGGCGGGAAUGGAUGAAGUCGGGCGUCAGUUCAACGCGAACCAGCUGAUCGUCGCCGAGGUGUUGCAGAGCGCCGAAGCGAUGAAGUUCGCGGUAGCUCACCUGGAACCGCACAUGGAGCGCACGGACGCCGCGCUGCGGGGACGGAUCCUGUUGGCGACCGUCAAGGGCGACGUGCACGACAUCGGCAAGAACCUGGUCGAGAUCAUCCUGUCCAACAACGGCUACAGCGUGAUCAACCUGGGCAUCAAGGUUGCGGCGCAGGAACUGAUCGCGGGCUACCGGGAACACCAACCGGACAUCAUCGGCCUGUCGGGCUUGCUGGUGAAAUCCGCGCAGAUGAUGGUCGAGACGGUGCAGGACUUCCGCGCGGCCGGCAUCGCGGCCCCGGUCCUGGUUGGCGGCGCUGCCCUGUCCAACCGGUUCACCCGGCUGCGGAUCGCGCCGGAAUACGGCGGACUGGUGGCGUAUUCGCCGGACGCCAUGAGCGGACUCGCGCUGGCCAAUACCAUCCAGGACGCCGAUGAGCAAUCCUCCCCGCGGCCACCGGAUCUGCGGCUCCACGUGCUGGAGGAUUUCGAUCUCGACGAGAUUUUCGGGUACAUCAACCCGCAGAUGCUUUACGUGCGGCACCUGGGAUACCGGGGUCGUUUCUGGGAUGCACUGCGGGCAGAAGAACCCAAAGCCGUUGAACUGCGCCAACAGGUGCAACGGGUUGAGGACAUGAUGCUGUCCCGCUCGGACAUCGGCGCCAGCGCGGUGUUCAAGUUCUUCCCGUGCCGCUCCGAAGGGCAGUGGCUGAUCGUAUACGAGCCGGACGGCAAGGCUGAGCUGGAACGGUUCUACUUUGGCCGGCAGCAGGAACGCGAGGGACUUUGCCUGGCCGACUACGCGCGGCCGACCGGCGAGGGUGCGAACGACUACCUUGCCAUGUUUACGACCACCGUCGGACCGGGGGGUACGGGCAUUGUCAGAACGGUGGAAGAACGAGGGCAGGUACCUGGAUUCGCACACGUUGCAAGCCCUGGCCAUCGAAUCGGCGGAGGGUUUUGCGGAGUUGCUCCACAAGCGGAUCCGCACCAUGUGGAGCAUCGGCGAACCGUCGGGCCUGAAGGUCAACGGCGAGGACGAGCUUCGGGACCUGUUCCGGGCUAA